AUGCAGGGCACGAGCAAGAAGGACGCGCAGCGCGCGGGCUACGGGCCAGCGCGAGUAUCAUGCGAAGAGUGCCGUCGGAUGAAGUCCCGCUGCGACAAGCAGCGGCCAUGCGGCCCGUGCAUACGAAGAGGAUGCGCCGACAUCUGCCCGAACGGGACGCUCCCGACGCGGCGCGUCUUCAGGUCCAUCUACGCAGACAAGGAGGCGCUCCAGCAGAAGAUCGAGCAGCUAUGCCACCGGAUACAGGACCUCGAGGACGCCAUACGCGCGAUGCACUCCAAGACCUCCUCCGAAAACCACCCCCUCCUCAGCGAACAGCUGCUCUCCAUCAAAGUCACCGACCGCCUCCUCGAGGGCACCGACUCGCCCUACCCCGGGCUCCCGCCCCCCGAAGAGUCCCUGGACAGCGUCAACGACGCCUUCGGGACGCUCACCAUCGGCGACGACGGGCGCGCCAAGUUCUUCGGACGAUCCGCGGGGCCCGAGAUUCUCUUCCAGGGCCUGCGCUCAGAGGACGACAGCGCAGACGGCGCCUCCCCCUCCUCGCAGCGGCGCGGGCGCUCCCCAGCGCGCGGCGCCGCCGAGCCCGCGCUGUACGACGACGAGACACUCGCGGCGCUCGAGGCGCAGCUGCCCUCCGAGCACCGCGCCUCCGCGCUCUGCGAGUCGUACCUCGAGCACUCCUCCUGGUUCUUCGGGCCGAUCCAGCGCGACGAGCUCGUGCACGAGCUCCUCGCGCCCGUCUACGCCUCCCUCUCCGCGCGCACGUACAACCCGCUGAAGCUCGCCGUGCUCUUCUUCGUGCUCGCGCACGGCGCGCUCGCGGACCUCUCGCUCCCGCCGUACAACGCCGAGGCCGAGGGGUACUACCGCGCGGGCGCGAGCAUGCUGUCGAUGAGGAAUAUUGUGGAGACGCCGACGAUCGAGACUGUCCAGGCGUUUGCGUAUAUGAGCGUGUACAAUGUGCUGUGCGAGAAGAGAUAUGGGCUCGGGUGUGCGUGGCCGCUGAUACAUGUCGCGGUGAAGCUGUCGCAAGCGAUUGGUCUCCACCUUGACAGUUCCUAUUGGCAGCUAGACGAGACGACGAUACACCGGCGCAGGAUGUUAUUCUGGGAGCUCGUAUCGCAAGAACUACCCAUGAGUCUAAGCACAGGCCGACCCCCGUCAACCCACUGGGACUUUGCCAACUGCAAAAUCCCCACGCCAGAGCGCGACCAAGUCGUCGACCUCGCCGAAGAAUACAACACCUGGCGGUACACCUUCAACCGCGACAUCUGGUGGCAGGCCGUCAAGCUCACAAUCUCCGGGCAGGCACCGAGCUACCGCGCGAUCCUCGACCUGGACCGCAAGCUCGGGUCCGUGACCAUGCCCGCCGCGCUCAAGGCCGAGUCCGAGCCGGGCGAGCUCGACUAUUACGAGCCCGCGGCGUGUAUGCGCAGUCUCUUUGCGAACCACAUCCAGUACUACGUGCGCAUGUACAUCCACCGCCCGUUUUUCGCAAAGGCGUUCCUCGACUACCCCGCGGACCCCGUGCACAGCCCGUACGGCGUGUCCGUGAUGACGACGUACCGCACCGCGCUGCUCGUGCUCAAGUCGCUCACGCACUUCCUGCAGCGCGCGCCGAUACUCUGCCAGCGCUUCUUCUUCGUGUGGCUCCACGCGUUUUCGGCCGCGAUCGUGGUGGCAUUCAUCGCUACAAAGUCGCCCAAUCCGACUAUUGCGCGGGGCGCGUUUGAUAGGCUGAAUGCUGCGAUCGAGUUGUUCGAGAAAGGUGCUGCGCAAAACCAUCGCGUGCAGAUAUCGCUGCCCAUCCUGCGCGAACUGCGCGAGAAAGCAUACCUGAAGCUCUCCCGACUACCCAGCGCCGGCGAGGACCUCGCCAACCUCGACGACGACGACCACCUCGCGACCUUCGUCGGACGCACAAAGUUCAUGCUCGUCGCCUCCGCGGGCCGGAGCCCGCGUUCAUCGACCGGCUCGCCGGACUCGCGGCAAGACGAUAUGGAUUCGCGGGACGUCUUCGCGGACAGCCCGAACAUCGCUUCGGUCAUGCAGAGUACGUUUGAGCCCGGCAGCCUCACGGCCUCCUUAUCGCAGACGCAACCCGGCGUGACUCAGGGCGUGACAGGUUCUAGCAGUAACGGUGGUACGCCGCAGGAGCUGCAAGACCCGCUGUUUAGCCUGGGCGCGUCGUACGAGAUGUGCCGGUCGUACUUGGACAUCAUGCCCGGAGCGCCGAAUGCGGCUGAGCUCGCCAGGCGCGGCUCGGGUGGGAGCGUCGAGUCUUUACUGGGGGACGGGGGGUUUUCGUUUGACAUCGAUCCGAUGACAUUCUUUUCUGAGGCUGCGCAGACAUCGGGAACGCCAAGGUAACUAGGCGUUUGCAGCAGUCCGUUGGGACAUUGGUCACUGUAUAUUCGGAUAAUCCAUUGUAUCUGUAUCUUUUAUGCAUAUCAUUAUUCAAUCUGGUCAUUUCAGAUGUCGUUC